AUGGCUACGAAGAUCUCUACUAAAACCAGGUUUCCCCAUGGUGCUGUUUUCUUGAUAAUCUUUUUGUUACUUCUGCAACCACAUGUGAGCUGUUCAAGAAAGCUGUUACCAGCAUCCGCGGAUCCUCAUUCUUCCGCCGAUCCUCCGACUGAUAACAAUGGCUUGCAGCAGAAAAGUUGCAAGUUUGACAAAAUGUUUAACCUGGGCGAUGCUUCGUCCGACACGGGAAACCGUGUUCGCGAAAAUCAAUCGGAGAUUCCGUGCUCAUCAUUUCCAUACGGAAUCACUCUUGGACGACCUACGGGAAGAUGCUCUAACGGCCUACUGAUGAUCGAUUACUUCGCCCGAGCCUUUGGUUUGCCCUACCUUAAUCCUUACGAAGCUGAUUGGGAAGUUUUCGAUAAUGGAGUCAACUUUGCUGUUGCCGGGGCUACUGCAUUGCCUGUUGAGACCUUACAAGCUAAGGGUCUUCCAUCUCAUAAAGGCAACACGGAUUACUGGCUUGGGACCAUCGGCAUUCAGUCACUUCAUAUCGCAACUAAAAGUUCUCUAAGUGUCCAAAUAGAACGGAUGUCGACUUACUUCAACAAAACUUGUAAGACCCGGGCAGCAUGCAAAGAGUAUUUGCAAAAUUCAGUAUUUUUCGUUGGUAACAUUGGAGAAACCGAUUUCAAUUUCGCAUUCUUUGGACUUGGGGGAUCGGAGUUUGUUGGUCUUACCCGAGAAAUAGUUAAGAGCAUUAUGGAAGGUGUUAGAGCCGUGAUCCGGUUUGGAGCGACUAAAGUUAUUGUUCCUGGACGUUUCCCAAUUGGUUGUCUUCCCAUGUCUCUAAACUAUCACAACCCUGCGGAAGACAGUCCAUCAUUUUACGAUUCUAAUCAAUGUUUGAAGGGAUACAAUAGUUGGGCUGCUCAUCACAACGAGAUUCUAAAAGUAGCCAUUGAAGAUCUCAAACGGGAACAUCCCGAUGUUACUAUUGUAUAUGCCGAUUACUACAAUGCCUACUUGUCUCUUUUAACCAACGCCGAAAAACUUGGAUUCGAGAACAAGUUUUCAGCUUCUUGUAGGAGUGGAGAUAGGUUCAACUUUUCUUUUGAUAAAACAUGUGGGAAAGCUGAAUCUUGUUCGAAUCCGGAGAGUUAUAUCAGUUGGGAUGGAUUCACCACCACGCAACAAGCUAACAAAUUUAUGGUUGACUAUCUCCUCGACUCCAUCAUGCCUCAGUUGAAUUGUAGUAGUUAA